CAUAAACCGAUAUAAGACGCAAUGACAUUCUUACAUUUUUUCAGGUUUUUUUAGCAAUUCUAAUCGCAUCCUAAUUUGUAUGCAUAGUAAUAUGCUUACAUUAGCAUACAACAACAUCUUCCAGUCAAGCGAUUUGCAUUCAGUUUUUAACACCGAUUCGACAUGAACGCAUUUUCGUGGACUGCAGUGUUAAUUCUGCUGGUCAUAUGGACCAUCAGCAGGUACAGGAAUUUGUGCAGAUCCAUGCUGUUGGCUCUUCGGUUGCCUGGUCCGCCUGCCUGGCCGAUUAUCGGCAACAUUCUGCACGUGACAGACACUAAAGCUCAGUUUGAGCUUGCUAAUAACGUCAGCCAGUUUGCUCCUGUUGUGAGAGUGUGGAUCUUCCUCUUGCCGACGAUUCUGGUUUAUCAACCGGAUCAUCUGAAGCUGAUCCUGAGCAGCACCAAAGUGGCUGAGAAGAACUAUUUCUAUCAGCUACUUCAGACCUUCAUCGGCAAUGGCAUCAUCAUGAGCACAGGCGACAAAUGGAAGAAAAACCGCAAACUCAUCCAGCCAAUGUUCCAACUGGGCCAAGUCGAGCGGUACUUUGAGGACUUUGCACGUACUGCAGAGACAGUCUUCAGAAGCCUACACACUCAGAAGCACUGGCAGAUUACCAGGAUAGUGAACAAUUGCGUUGUCAACAUUUUGCACAAGACUAUUUUGGGUGUGGAUUUGGGUCCGGAAGAUGAAACGCCUUUUCGAAAAGGGGAGUUGCUGAUUAUCAAGAGAAUACUGAAGCCGUGGUUGCUGCUCGAUUCCAUCUUCAAGCUGUCCGAUAUGUCGAGGACUGAAUCCAGGCAUAAGCACGAUUUGCAUUUCUACGUUAAGAAGGUGCUGGCUGAAAGGAAAGAAAAACUGCUGAACAAAAACGGCAAAAAAUGCUUCCUGGAUAACCUGAUUGAACUUGAAGCCAGCGGCGAUCUUCCCGAAGAAGACGUUGUGAAUGAAGCAGUCACUUUCAUGUUAGCUGGUCAGGAUUCGGUAGCAACUGGCGUGGCCACGUGCCUGUUCUACUUGGCCAAACACCAGGAUGUGCAGAAAAAAGUCCAUGAGGAAAUCCUGGAGAUUUUGCAGGGCAGUAAAGAUCAAACCCUUAAGCUGCAGGACGUGAACGAAAUGCGAUAUCUUGAACAAUGCGUCAAAGAGACGCUGCGGUUGGCCCCCAGUGUGCCCCUGAUCGCACGGGUUUUAACCAAGGAUGUUGCUUUAGAUAGUCUCACAAUCCCUACCGGAACCAACAUCUUCGUGUCGCCUUACGCUACGCAUCAUCUGCCCGAGAUUUACCCCGAACCAUCCAAGUUCAACCCAGACCGAUUUUCGUCAGAGAAUAUCAAGAAAAUCCAUCCCUUUGGCUAUUUGCCUUUCAGUAUUGGACCUCGAAACUGCAUAGGAUAUAAAUUUGCCUACUUGGAGAUGAAAACUAUUGUGGCCACCGUCAUCAGAAACUACCACCUCACUCUGAGACAUGAAGAGGACGAGCUGAAGCUGAGCUAUCGCAUAUCUCUGAGAGCUAAAGGCGGCAUUUGGCUGAAUGUACAGAGCAGGAACCUGCUUCAAGAGGACUAACUAACAUUGGAAGAAAGCGUGGGGUUCAAAGAUUAUGUGAAAUAUAAAUAUAAACAGACAGAAUCUUACAACAUUAUAUUUUUGUAGAAAACUUCAGAGAUUUUCGCCUGAUUUUAAGAAUUAUUCGCAUGUUUACGUUGAAUUCCUGUAGGUUUAUUAUUUAUACAAAUGUUAAUUAAGAGAGAAAUAAAUUCUCG